CUGGAUAGCAGGAAGUAAGGUACAGCUACACAAAACCAGUCUUCAGCAAGAAUCAGAAAUAGUCUGUUGUUUAAGUUUUGCAGGAUUAUAGUCCAUUUGUUUUUAUAUCAACUUCGUUCAUAUCACCUAAAAAUGUAUUGGAAACUACUCUUUGUGGCAUUAACUCUUACCCUGCUGGGAAGUACAACAACAGCCGAGAAACUAGGUGGCUGUUCAGAUUGGACAAACUGUUCAAACUGCACAGAAGUCUUGGUUGCGAAUGAAACUGCCUGUCAGUGGGUGACAUGCACAGCAGUAAACUCCACAAUCACAGGUUCCUGUAUGAAUAGAACUGAAACCGUUGGCACAAAUUGCACAAUUGUCAACGCAACUUCUUGUACAGCCAAUUCAACCACUGCUACUCCACAGACCAUGACCAACUCUACUACUGUAGCGACAACAGCUCCUUUGAAGACGACCACCACUGUUCCCGCUCUAACCACCCCACACAAUACCACCAGUCCUACAACAGCCAAAACCAACUCAACAGUGAUCCCCACCACAGCCCCCCAUAAGAAGUCCACCUUUGAUGCAGCCAGCUUUAUUGGGGGCAUCGUGCUGGUGCUGGGCCUGCAGGCGGUCAUCUUCUUCCUCUGCAAGUUCUGCAAAUCCAAGGAUAGAAACUACCACACCCUCUAAGCCCUGUUUAUCCAGCGGUGGCCGUCUCUGUGUGCACUGCUUCCGAAUGUCAACCACACACCCUCAGUCCUUCCAAACAGUGUUUCUACAGAAUUCAAACAGCCUCUUCGGUAUGCGCUCAAUGCGUUGUUCUUGCGGUUGAUCACACAGUGUAGCCGGAGUGCCACAGGUAACUAGCCCAUGCUGUGUUAUGUAUGACAUAAUGUGGCUGUUAGGAGAGUUCAAUCUUAGGUUUUUCUAUAGUAAGGUUUCUUUGUGGUAGAAUGCCUAAUCUUAUAUUAUUUAAGGUUUUACGGAUUUUUUUAGGAACACUAUUUAAACCAGACUGAUUA